UCCGUAAUCCGAUUCACUUAGCCCCAUUAUGGCGGCGAUAGUGGCACUUGGAUCCGAACCCCAAACCGCCGGAUGGUGCUUCGCUUCGAACUCUAUUGACACGCAAAAGUGAUUGGCGGCAACUGAAGCGGCCUCUUCAUUCGCGCUUUUGCCGGUUCGCACGUCCAUCGACCACCUCGCCAACAAGAAGCCAUGUCGACUAAGCUGUUGCAGAGCUACUAUGAGUGGGCCAACGCCACGGAGGCCAAGCUGCUCGACUGGGUCGACCCUGAAGGAGGCUGGAAGGUCCACCCCAUGGCUGACUACCCUCUGGCCAACUUUGCCAGUGUCUACGCUAUCUGCGUUGGCUACUUGCUCUUCGUUAUCUUCGGCACGGCCCUGAUGAAAAUGGGAAUCCCCGCCAUCAAGACGAGCCCGAUCCAGUUCAUCUACAACCCUAUCCAGGUCAUCGCGUGCUCCUACAUGUGCGUGGAGGCUGCUAUCCAGGCCUACCGCAACAACUACUCCGCUGCCCCGUGCAACGCCUUCAAGGCUGACGACCCCGUCAUGGGCAACGUGUUGUACCUCUUCUACCUCUCCAAGAUGCUCGACCUGUGCGAUACGGUCUUUAUCAUCCUCGGCAAGAAGUGGAAGCAGCUCUCGAUCCUGCACGUGUACCACCACCUUACCGUGCUCUUUGUCUACUACGUGACGUUCCGCGCUGCUCAGGACGGCGACUCGUACGCUACCAUUGUGCUCAACGGCUUCGUCCACACCAUCAUGUACACUUACUACUUCGUCAGCGCCCACACGCGCAACAUUUGGUGGAAGAAGUACCUCACGCGCAUCCAGCUCAUCCAGUUCGUGACCAUGAACGUGCAGGGCUACCUCACCUACUCUCGCCAGUGCCCGGGCAUGCCCCCCAAGGUGCCGCUCAUGUACCUCGUGUACGUGCAGUCGCUCUUCUGGCUCUUCAUGAACUUCUACAUUCGCGCGUACGUGUUCGGCCCCAAGAAGCCGGCUGUGGAGGACUCCAAGAAGAAGCUGUAAGGGCGCUGAAUAAGGCAGUUUAUCCCUCAAUUCUUCAUUGUAGCAGUCUAUGAACACAUUAUGCUUUGUAAAGGAGAGAAGUAGUGGCAGCUCGUGUUGGCAUGCACAGCGCCGCCUAACAAAUACAUCCCGUAUGAAAGCUAUCUACAGUACUUGAGUGUUGCGCAAUAAUUGCAAUUAUUGUCAAACAAAAACAGUGUCGACUCUACAAGCACUAACUUGUGCUGGUCAAGAAGGAC